ACUGAAGGAAGGUGAAACUACUUAAAGAUCUCACGAGAAAAUGUGAGAUUUUCCUGAUUAUUGUUUACAUUGCAAAAACAUGAUCCGGAUUCAGCUGAAACGAUUCCAAAGGCAACACUUCCGAAAUCGGAUGUCUUUUUGAUCCUUUUUGCACCUCAGACGAAAAUUGGUGUCGGAACUUUGUUUUGGUUUAGCUGCAAAGCCAAGACCCUAAAUUCACCGCAGCACAGGGGGAGAUAGAUACAGGGGGUGGGGGGGAAACUACUCGAGCUCAAAGACAUUAUUUAUACCUGCUGAAAAGCGCAUAUUCUCCAGGGUCGCCAUUGUGUGGAGCGAGAUACGCCAGAUCACAGUGCGGUAUGGCCCUCGGAGCGGGGGAUAUGAUGGGGAUCCCCGCUUAAAAAAAAGGCACAUAAAGGCGGGUUUGGGAGACCCGGAGUUCAGACGAGGCCUCUGAGGGAAUCCUCCGUGGUCUACCUCAAGCUGCGCAGCGGGCGUCCGCGCUUCGAUCGUCAACAACCAGCACGCGAGGGACGAGGCUUUGGAUGCGGCCUAGCCUGGGAGGGUCUACCUAACACCGGGGAGAAAACACAAACGGUUUCAGCGACAACUCCCCCAGAAAACGGAGCAAAUCGUGACUGCACUAUGAUGGAAGAACUGCACAGCCUGGACCCCCGGAGACAGGAGCUGUUGGAGGCACGCUUUACUGGGGUUGGAGUGAGUAAGGGCUCAGGUCAGAGUCAGAAUGAGUCAUCCAAUCAGAGUCUGUGCAGUUUGGGUUCACUUAGUGACAAAGAGCUGGAGACACCAGAGAAAAAAGCAAACGAGCAGAGAGUUAGAAAACGUAAAGCGGACUACUUUGACAGCAGUCAAGGCAAAGCAGGAGCAAGGGGGCUUAAAAUUAGCGAUUAUUUUGAGUUUGCGGGAGUUAGCGGUCCUGGUACCAGCCCUGCUAGGGGAAUUCCCCCAGUGGUCCGCUCUUCCCCACAACACUCCCUAUCCAACCCUCCCGUCACGGUGCAGCAAGGAAGCCCUUCAUCCAUCAGCUCGGUCAACGCAGAGCUCUCCACGUGUGCAAUGAAGCCUGUCGUUCUUCACAUGCUCCACAAAGCUACGCAGUCCGACCUUACAUUAGAGAAACUAACAGCACUGGAGAACAGCAAGAACUCCGACCUGGAGAAGAAGGAGGGCCGAAUAGACGAUUUGCUGCGGACAAACUGUGAUCUCAGAAGGCAGAUUGAUGAGCAGCAGAGGAUGCUGGAACGAUACAAAGAACGCCUUAAUAAGUGUGUGACAAUGUCCAAGAAGCUGCUAAUCGAAAAAUCCAAGCAGGAGAAAAUGGCCUGCCGGGAUAAAAGUAUGCAGGAUCGGCUUCGACUGGGCCAUUUCACUACAGUGAGACAUGGAGCAUCCUUCACUGAGCAGUGGACAGAUGGUUAUGCGUUCCAAAACCUUACAAAACAACAAGAGAGGAUUAACUCUCAGCGGGAAGACAUCGAGAGGCAGAGAAAGCAGCUAGCCAAACGCAAGCCGCCCUCCAUGGCCCAGACGCCGCCUCCCAGCCUGGAGCAGAACAAACGCAAAAGCAAGACCAACGGGGCAGAAAGCGAAACGUUAUCACAAGCGGAGUACCACGAGCAGGAAGAAAUUUUUAAACUCAGAUUAGGAUAUCUUAAAAAGGAGGAAGCUGAAAUCCAGGCGGAGCUGGAAAGGUUGGAGCGAGUGAGAAACCUUCACAUACGGGAGCUGAAAAGGAUCCACAAUGAAGACAAUUCCCAAUUCAAAGAUCACCCUACACUAAAUGACAGAUACCUGCUACUCCAUUUGCUUGGGCGAGGAGGUUUCAGUGAAGUUUACAAGGCCUUUGAUUUAACGGAGCAAAGGUACGUGGCCGUUAAAAUCCACCAGUUAAACAAGAACUGGAGGGAUGAGAAGAAGGAGAAUUAUCACAAACACGCCUGCCGAGAAUAUAGAAUCCAUAAAGAGUUGGAUCACCCACGGAUAGUUAAACUCUAUGACUACUUUUCACUUGACACUGACUCGUUUUGCACAGUGCUGGAGUACUGUGAAGGUAACGACUUGGACUUCUACCUGAAGCAGCACAAGCUUAUGUCGGAGAAGGAGGGCCGCUCCAUCAUCAUGCAGAUCGUCAACGCCCUCAAGUACCUCAAUGAAAUCAGACCGCCUAUUAUCCACUACGACCUUAAACCCGGUAAUAUCCUGCUUGUGAACGGCACUGCCUGUGGUGAGAUUAAGAUCACAGAUUUUGGCCUGUCCAAGAUAAUGGAUGACGACAGCUACAACCCAGUGGAUGGGAUGGAGCUGACUUCACAGGGAGCGGGGACAUACUGGUACCUGCCUCCUGAGUGUUUUGUGGUUGGCAAGGAGCCGCCAAAAAUCUCCAACAAGGUUGAUGUUUGGUCUGUGGGUGUCAUUUUCUACCAGUGUUUAUAUGGCCGCAAGCCUUUUGGUCAUAACCAGUCUCAGCAGGAUAUCCUGCAGGAGAACACGAUCCUGAAGGCUACUGAAGUUCAGUUCCCCCCAAAACCUGUAGUCUCCCCUGAAGCAAAGGCCUUUAUAAGGCGCUGUCUAGUCUACCGAAAGGAGGACCGCAUCGAUGUUCACCAGCUGGCCAGUGAUCCCUUCCUAAUGCCCCACAUCCGCAAAUCAGUGGCUUCCUCAGGCACCUCCGGCACGGCCGUGGCGUCUACGUCCAACUCCUCUAACAACAGCUCCUCAAACUGAGCUCAUGCCUCUUAAAUGACUGACUGGAUCAUCUGAUGGGACUGGGAGGCCUCCCCUGUCCGAUCUCGCCUGCCCAUGGAGAGUUGAAGGAUAACUGUUCAGCUGACGGCGUGGGGUGGGUGAGAAGUCAUGGAGCGGUUGGGAAUGGAAACGUUGGCUCUCUCCCACAGCCCUCUGGUGUCCAUCCACCCCUGCCCACCUGCCUUGAUGCUCAGAGGGCCCACAUUGUUCUGGGGGUCAAAGCCCUGGAUGACUCACACAGCAAAGGGAUGAGCUUCGGCACUGUGUUGGUUGGGUUUGGUGUUUCCAGUGUUUCUUUUCAGCUUAAAAAGAGGGAAAAAAAGGUAAUACAGAACUGCUUCAGCUUGGAGAGAGGGACAGGACUGCCAAAGGCCUCAUAUUGACAUGCUCUCUCACACAUACACCCGUGCAUGAGCCUCUCUGGUCCAAGGUAGUCAAACCAUCACCAGUUGGAACAUUUUGGUUGCUCUUAUCUCCCUGAAGCUAAACAAAUGAGUGAGUAAGCCAGUCUGGGCUCCAACUGUCUGGAUCCCUUAAAGCCCGCAGCGUCAUCAUCUUAAUCUUUUUAAACUUUGCCAUUUUAAGAGUUCAGACCCAUUUAGUUUGAGAUGAUGGAUAAAAGAACCGUCAAUCUCAUCGAGCCUCUCCUUCAUAUCUAGUCUAACUCCUGUGACCAAAGCCUUUAUCUUCCAGUUGGUGGCAGUGUUCACCUGUUUUUAUAAUGAAUGGUUUUAGAGUUGUGCUACUUGACAGAGCAGAAGCCCCUGAGGUUUGCCCCCCCAUGACCCACCGAAGCAUUUUUUUUUUAUUUUUUUUUAUACAAAUGGGGAAAAAAAUGUUUUAAUUUAGUUCAUUAGGAAAACUGCAGUUUUCCUGUUGCCUUUAUUGAAUUGUUACAAUUUUUGGCGAGUAUCCCACCCCCACCCAGCCUCUGCUCCUUCUUUCCCUCCAUAAACAAAUAUUUAUUUAGGUAUGUUUGAAUUUUUUUUUUUUUUUUUUGGCCAAUAAAAUGCAAGGGACUGGUUUACCUACUAGUACUGUUGGGGGGAGAUUGGGCCUUAGCAAACAGUUGCAUAAAUCAUUAAAUACUGUUGGUUAAACUGUUUCUUGUUCUGUUCUUCUUCAUUCAUUAGUCUGAUAAAUUAAUCCUUUUGGACCAAAGCUGGUUUAUAAAUCGCCAUUGUCAGCCUUAAUUACACUUCUGACAUGUCAUUAAUUAA